CGCAGCGGGCCGGGCGGCGUUUCCGGAGGCGGCGGCUGCUCCUGCGGGCUGGAGCCGCGCUCGAUCGCUCGGGAGGCGGCCGGGGAGCCGCGGCAGAUACGGUUACACUGAACUACCAGGAGCAUCGCGUUUUAAGGUUACAGAAAAGCCAGUUUGUGUCCAGUGCUUUGAAAACCGCUGACUGACACCGGAUAAUGUGCUGACUAGCACUAUGGGCAGGCGGUACCCCGGGGCCCACUAUCGUCAAAGCAAUUCAUUUGAUUCCGGUGUGGAAACCUUGGCGGGGUUUAUGGCAAGCAACGGCACGACAGACGUUGUGAACCGGAAUGGGCCCGCCACUCCCCCCAACACCCUUCAGCUGCGCUCCUCUCACAACGAACUGCUGAAUGCCGAAAUCAAGCACACGGAGGUCAAGCACAGCACCCCUCCCAAAUGCAGAAAAAAAUACGCCCUGACCAACAUUCAGACAGCCAUGGGUCUUUCCGACCCCGCAGCCCAACCUUUGCUGGGUAGCAAUUCCUCCAACAUAAAGCUGGUGAAAAACGGAGAAAACCAGCUUAGGAAAGCGGCAGAACAAGGACAGCAGGACCCCAAUAAAAACCUGGCCGCUCCGUCGGUGACCGCCGGUCUAAACAUAACUUCUGAGAAGUUGGAGGGGAAGGAACCAAGUCAACAGGACUCUUCCGGCGGCGAAAUCCUGCCCGCCCAACACCGAAGAACUAAGAGCUUCCUAAACUACUAUGCAGAUCUUGAGACAUCAGCCAGGGAGGUGGAGCAGAAUAAUGGCGAGAGCCAGGUGGUGGCGGCGGAGGAGAAAUUGCCUUCACAGUGCAAUAGCCAAGCAUCCGUGGUUGUGGCGAACGGCGAUCCCUUGCCUCCAAAGCAAGACAAGGCAGCGAGUCCUGAAGAUGGGCCAACAGCAGCCGUCUCUUCCAGCCCGGAGACGAAAAAGGAUCACCCUAAAACUGGCGCCAAGACAGAUUGUGCACUACACAGGAUUCAGAACCUGGCUCCGAGUGAUGAGGACUCUAGCUGGACCACCUUGUCUCAAGACAGUGCUUCUCUGAGUUCCCCGGAGGAAACAGCAGAUAUUUGGAGCGACCACUCAUUCCAGUCCGAUCCUGACCUCCCACCGGGUUGGAAGAAGAUCAGCGAUAUAGCGGGGGUCUAUUACUGGCACAUACCCACAGGGACCACCCAAUGGGAGCGCCCCAUCUCGGCGCCCACGGAUCUUCAGGGAUCAAGGAACGGUUCCUUGAGUUCUCUCACCUCCUCGCCUAGUCCAGAAACGGAGAAACAGCCCUGGAGUGAUUUUGCGGUGCUGAACGGGGCAAAGAUUAAUAGUGACAUUUGGAAGGACCUUCACGCAGCCACCGUGAACCCAGACCCCAGUUUGAAAGAGUUUGAAGGGGCUACUUUACGAUACGCUUCCCUGAAGCUCAGAAAUCCUCCGCAGUGUGACGAACCCGAUCCCGGUAGCGUCAACAGCGAUCCGGAAGCUAAGUGCUUCGCUGUUCGUUCCUUGGGGUGGGUAGAGAUGGGAGAAGAAGAUUUGGCGCCUGGAAAAAGCAGCGUGGCGGUAAACAACUGCAUCCGGCAACUCUCGUACUGCAAAAACGACAUAAGAGAUACCGUGGGCAUCUGGGGAGAGGGAAAAGACAUGUAUCUUAUCCUGGAGAACGAUAUGCUCAAUUUGGUUGACCCCAUGGAUCGUAGUAUUCUUCACUCUCAGCCCAUCGUCAGCAUCCGAGUUUGGGGCGUCGGUCGAGAUAAUGGCCGAGAAAGGGAUUUCGCCUACGUAGCCCGAGACAGAGAGACACGGAUUCUGAAAUGCCACGUGUUUCGAUGUGACACCCCAGCAAAAGCCAUCGCCACGAGCCUCCACGAAAUCUGUUCUAAGAUUAUGGCUGAACGGAAAAAUGCCAAAGCUGUGGCUUGCAACUCAUUACAAGAACGGACGGCUGUCACCCUUGAUGUUCCUUUGCAAGAUUUUCCAACACCAAAGACUGAGUUGGUCCAGAAAUUUCAUGUGCACUACCUGGGCAUGCUGUCUGUCAUUAAGCCAGUGGGUAUGGACACGCUGAACGGAGCUAUAGAAAGCCUGACGGAGUCCUCUAACAGAGAAGACUGGAUAGCUGUCACCAUGAACGUUGCGGAUGCUACUGUGACCGUCAUCAGCGAAGGAAAUGAAGAGGAGAUUGUGGUGGAAUGUCGUGUCCGCUUUUUGUCCUUCAUGGGUGUGGGGAAAGACGUACAUACGUUUGCCUUCAUUAUGGACACGGGAAACCAGCAUUUCGAGUGUCACGUCUUCUGGUGUGAACCCAACGCUGGCAACGUCUCCGAGGCCGUUCAAGCUGCUUGUAUGCUGCGGUAUCAGAAGUGUCUUGUCGCCCGGCCUCUUUCUCAGAAAGUCCGCCCGCCGCCUCCUCCAGCAGACUCCAUGACGAGACGGGUCACCACCAACGUAAAACGCGGGGUCCUGUCCCUGAUUGACACUUUGAAACAGAAGCGUCCUGUGACUGACAUGCCGUGACGGACCCGCCCCCCCAGCAUUCCCGAGGCGUCACGCAAAACAAGACAGCGGCCGCGUUCAAAGACACAAGACGGGAUAAAGGCCUUCCUUCCGUUGAAAAUCCUUCCCUUUCGGGAAAGUUGCCCUUAUCGGAAAUAAUAUUAGACAAAAGCAUGUUCUCACUUUUGCCGCCACCGUGUAAUAUUGGGAAAAAAAGAAGCAUGACUUUCUUUUUUUUCUUUUAAUGUUCAUUUUAUUUUUUUCGCUCCUUGUGAGAUGCGGUCCUCGAGACAAAGGGGAAGGCCCCGCUUCCCGAUUGUAAAUAGGACGGACGUGACUUCGAUUCACACAUCCAGAAAGGAUGGGUGCAUUCCUCCCCGCCUCCCCAUUUUGGCAAAGAAGCGACCCGAGGAUUCUCAUAGCUCCUGAGCACUUUUCUCUCUCUUUUUUUUAACAGUGAAUUUACACACCGAGUAUUAGUUACUGUUGUAGUAUUAUACUACUAAUACCAGGCUUCUUGUUUUUUUUACAAAAGAACGUUCGGGAUUAACCUUCCAUCUUGUUUACCGUCGUCGUCCCUUCAUCUUGAGAGAUGCCAGUCAGGUGCCCUGCCGUGGAGACAACGGAGGGUGCCCGCUAGGCGACAACAACGUGUGGCAACCCCGUGCAUCCGUAGGUCACCGCACAUCCAAGUGUGCAGCCUCUGUCCUUCCUUGUCUCUUUCUAGCACAAGUGUAUGUACGCCGAUGAAGGCAGGCCACCGUCGCAUCAAAUCUCUCUCUCUCUGGCUUGUGUGGUGUUUCUUUCGGAGAAGGGCCGUCCGCGUCGGAAACCCAACGCCAUAUUUGAAGUGGCCUUCAGUCCGAAAUUGCGUUUGUUUACAUACUAGUCCACGUUUUGAGAAGUUUGGCAGCAUAGACUGGGUUUUAUUUCGGGACAGAAUCCACCCCCUACGCUGAGGACGCCAAGGCUCAAGUGCCUCCUAACCCUUUCGUAGAUCCAGGUUAUUCUUUUCGGCCAAGAAACGGGCACGGAAAUGAUCACUUCAAGCUUGUGGAUGAGGCAGAGGAAGCUACAACUGUGAAGUCAAGACGGAUGGCUUCCCCUCGUGAUAAAAUGGCAUGCAAUAGAGUUGGCUGCUGCAUUCAGACUGUACACUGGUCCGGGACCAUUAAUAUAUAUAUAGAUAUAUAUAGAUAUAUAUAGAUAUAUAUAGAUAUAUAUAUAUAGAUAUAUAUAAAUGUCGGUGAAAACAAAGGAUGUUCACUAGUUGCUUUUCUUACCGAUAGAUUUGCACGGAAGUGAUCAUCAUGGAUUUCUUCGGACAUGGGUCCCUGAUAUUCAAAUGGUGUCCUCUGUUUUUGCUCUGUGAGAUCCGUUCAACUUUGCAGCUUUCUUAGGAACUUUCAUCGGAUGGCGAGGUUGAAACAAUGAGAAACGAUGCUUUCUUCAGGAGAUGUUUGGGUUGAAAACACAAACAGAUGUACGGCGGUCGGCAUUCCGAAGUCCCGAGUAGCACGUGUCAUGCCAAGCCACGACCCUUGUGGUGGUUCCUUCUACCUUGUGAUUGCACCUUACACAAUGUGUGGUUUCCAUUGACCAGGAGUGGCUGCAGGGUUUGGUUUUUUUAAAAAAAAAAAA